UUCGCGGCUGUCCGGCUACUUCCGAGCGACUCCCGAAGAGCCCCGGAAGGAGAUGGAAGAAGACGAGCAGGAGGAGCGGCGCAGGAAAGUGGAGGCCGGGAGAGCCAAGCUUGCUAGCUUCCGACAGAGAAAAGCAAAAGGCGACGGUCCGAAUUCGAAGAAAAAGACGGCGAAGAGGAAGGGUUCGGCUGUCAAUGCGCCUGUCCAGGAGGAGGGUUCGGUAGCCACUCAAAACAGCGAGCUCCUGCAAGAAGGGGCUGGUUUUGAAAGCAAGUCAUGCAGCAACACCCUGGAGGGGACCAGAGGGGCGUCUGCAGCUCAGGAACAAGACUGUGAACUGGAUGAGACUGGUCUGCAGGCACAGCAGCAACAGCAGCAGCCACAGCAGCAGCAGCCACCACUGCAGCCACAGCCACCCCAGACAGCCCACAGCCUUGAGCUCGAAGCUCUGCGCCUGAGCCUGAACAACAUGCAUACGGCUCAGCUAGAGCUGACCCAAGCCAACCUGCAGAAGGAGAAGGAGACAGCGUUGACGGAGCUGCGGGAAAUGCUCAAUGGCCGGCGGGCACAGGAGCUGGCUCUGCUGCAGAGCAGGCAGCAGUGUGAACUGGAGCUGAUGCGAGAGCAGCAUGCCCGUGAGAAGGAAGCGGUGAUGCUCCGCUGUGGGCAAGAAACAGCUGAACUGAAGGAGAAGCUGCGUUCAGAAAUGGAGAAAAACGUCCAGAUGAUAGAGACUCUGAAGCAAGACUGGGAAUCUGAAAGAGAGCUGUGUUUGGAAAAUCUCCGCAAAGAAUUGUCCGCAAAACACCAGUCAGAAAUGGAGGGCUUGCAAAACCAGUUUCAGAAAGAAUUAGCAGAACAGAGGGCUGAGCUGGAGAAGAUUUUUCAAGCCAAGCAUGAGGCUGAAGUUUCCCUGAAGAACCUGGAGACCCAGCACCAGGCAGCUGUCAAGAAAUUACAGGAAGACCUGCAGUCGGAGCACUGCCAGUAUUUACAAGAUUUAGAGGUGAAGUUCAGAGAAAAAGAGAAAGAAAAAGAGUUGGAGUUAGAGACUCUUCAGGCAUCCUAUGAAGACCUAAAGGCUCAGUCCCAAGAAGAAAUCAGACACCUGUGGUCCCAGCUUGAGUCUAUGAAAACCAACAGAGAGGAACUCAAUGGGUCAUGGGAGCCGCUGCUGGCCCGAAAUGCUCACCUGGAGGAGCUGGAGCACCUGCGGGCGGACUUCGCUCAGCAGCAGCAGCAAGAGAGAGCCCAGCACGAGUUGGAGCUGGAGCACCUGCGGGUCUAUUUUGAGAAGAAGUUGAGGGAUGCUGAGAAGACAUACCAAGAAGACCUGACCUUGUUCCAGCAACGGCUACAGGAGACCAGGGAGGAUUCUCUGGAGUGUGGGGAGAUCAGUUCAUCCUGUAUAUUCCCAGAGGAGUCAUUUGGCCCAGGAAGAAAGGAGCAGCCUGAUCCACUUGAUCUUCAGCCUGAGCAGCCGCAGGAGAACUCGACAAGUUUACAGGCAGGACUGCAAGAAGACCCCAGGCACAAAGCAGGUGCGUUGAGUUCUUCCCUCGCUUUCCAACUCAAGGAGGACAAGUCACACAGCCCCCGCCCGGAGCUUGAGGACGCAGAACAGGAGAGGCUCCCGCUUGGAUUCUCAGACCAGCACAGCCAAGAGCUCACACAAGGACGUCUCCAGUAUGAACAGGACAUGGCUUUGGAGGCCGAUGCUCAGGUGGCUGCCAGAAUCCUGAGUUUGGAAGAUGAGCAGAAGGUUAAACUUUCACUUCUUCAGACUGAGCUCAGGGAAGAAAUUGAACUCUUAAAGAUAGAGAACAGAAGUUUACAGGAGAAGCUGCAGCAUGAGACCCACCUGAAGGAGGACCUGGAGAACGUCAAACGUAGUCUAGUCGAAGACCAUCAGGUAAAACUAAAUAAAGCUGAGGAGAAGAUUCAGCUGUUGAAACAAGAAUUCCAAAGAAAGGAAGCAGAGUGGGAGCGUUCACACGAGGCCCUCAAGAGAGAAGCCGAAGAGAGGUUAACCUCCAUGUUUCAUGAGCUAAGAGAAAAGGCCGAGUGUGAGAAACAGUCCAUAAUAAGCAGGUUUGAGCUUCGGGAGUCUGGCAUGAGGCACCUGCAGGACCAGCAGGCGGCCCAGAUCUUGGACCUGGAGAGAUCUCUGAUGGAGCAGCAGGGCCGCCUGAGGGAGCUGGAACAAGAACUCACUAGAGAUGAAGCUCUGCCCUGUAGCCAGUGUGGCCAGGAGCCCCUUGUGGCCCAGGAUGAAGAGCAUGCCACGCUCCUCCGUGAGAAGGAAGACUGUGCCCUCCAGCUGAUGAUGGCCCAGAACAGGUUUUUGGAAGAGCGCAAAGAGAUUAUGGAGAAGUUUGCCAAGGAACAAGAUGCUUUCUUUCGGGAUGCCCAGGAGAAGCACACCCAUGAACUCCAGCUCCUGCAGCAGGGACACCAGCAGCAACUUCAGGCCCUGAGGAUGGAGCUCGAGACCAAGCACCACUCUGAGCUCGCCGAACAGCUUGCCUCCCUGGAGAGCAGGCAGCAGGUACUUCUUGAGACGCAUGUGGCUGAACUGCAGGUAAAACACAAUGCUGAAAUCAACGCUUUAGAGAUGAGACAUUUGUCCAAUUUGGACGCGUUGGAAUCCUGUUACUUGGCCGACAUUCAGACCAUUCAGGAUGAACACAGAAAGGCUCUGGAGCUUUUGCGAGCAGAGCUCGAGGACCAGCUGCAGAAAAAGGACUCUUCUCACAAAGAGCUUUUGACACUUGAGUUGGAAAAACUGAAACUGAGACAUGAUGAGGAGCUUCAGUCUGCUAAAGAUAGCUUGAGAGUCAGAAUGCAUGCCAGACACACAGAGCCCGGGAAAGACCUGGCCACUGACCUGCAAGGCGCACAGCAGCAGGAGGAACUGGCUGUGGCUCUGCACAAUCAGAGACACCUGCUAGAGAAGGAUGGACAUGCAGCCUUGGGUAGCGUGGGUGCUAAGGUCCCGCUGCACCAAGCUGUGCCUGAGGAUCUGGGAGCCCCGCACACUGUUGAAAUGCAGAAGCCACAAGCAGAGUUGGCCAAACCUCCAGAGCUGCAGGCAUCUCAGGAACAGGCUGCACAGCUGAAAGGCCAGAUCUUCUCGCUGAGUCGGGAGCUCGAAGAGUGCCGCACCGAGCUGGAGAGGCUGCAGCAGCGGCGGGAGCGGGAGAACCAGGAGGGCGCCACUCUCAUCUGCAUGCUCAGGGCCGAUGCAGACCUGGCUCAGAGCGAAGGGAAAGUACUCCGCGAUGCUCUGAAGAGACUGCUUGAUUUGUUUGGAGAAACACUGAAGGCCGCUGUCACCCUAAAGAGCCGAAUUAGUGAACGUGCGGGGCUCCUCCUGGACCAUGUGGAUGCUGCAGAUACAAGUGAUGCCCGGUUAGCAGCUGCAGCCCUUGGUGACAUGUGGUCUGACGAGGGUCUACUUGAGAUAGACAGGACUCUGCCUGAAGGGGCGGAGACGUCUUCAGUGUCAGAAAUUAGCAGUCAUGUGUGUGAAAGCUUUUUUAUGAGCCCCGAAAACACACUGGAGUGUGAGCAGCCCAUUAGGAAAGUCUACCAGAGCCUCAGCUCGGCUGUGGAUGGCCUCCUGGAAAUGGCCCUGGACUCUACUAAACAGCUGGAGGAAGCACGCCAGCUCCAUCGUUGUGUUGAGAAAGAGUUCCGUCAUAGGAAUGAGGAGAUGGCGCAGGCUGUGCAGAAGCAGCAGGAGCUGCUGGAACGCCUGAAGCAGGAGAGUGCGGCCAAGGAUGGGCUGACCCUGGAGUUGCACACUGCAGAGGGGCUCCUUGAAGGACUCAAGGUGGAGAAAGCAGAUCUGCAAGAGACCCUGGGGAGGAAGGAGGAGUCGGAACAGCAGCUGGUCCUGGAGCUGGAGAACCUGCAGAAUCAGCUGCAGCAAGCAGCCCAGGAGCUGGCCACGCUGAGGGAAGAAAACUCCGUCCUGUGGAGCCAGAAGGAAACUUUCACUAAUGAAGCAAAAGAAAGAGAAGCUGCCCUGCAGAAGGAAGUGGAAUCUCUAACCAGAGACCAGUGGGAGGCCAGGAAGCAGUCUGAGAAGGACCGUGCCACCCUGCUCUCUCAGAUGCGGGUCUUGGAGUCUGAGUUGGAGGACCAGCUUGUGCAGCACCGGGGCUGUGCCCAGCUGACUGAGGAAGUGACCACCCUGAAGCAGCAGCUGGCUGCCCUAGACAAGCAUUUGCGUAGCCAGCGUCAGUUCAUGGAUGAGCAGGCUGCUGAGCGCGAGCACGAGCGUGAGGAGUUCCAGCAGGAAAUCCAGAAGCUGGAGGAGCAGCUCCGCCAGGCAGCCCGGCCACGGCCUCCUGGGUCCCGUGACAGCCAGCAGUGUGCUCAGCUAGAUGAGGAGGUUGAAUUGUUACAAGAAAAAUUGAGAGAAAAAUUAGAUGGAUUUAAUGAAUUGGUCAUAAAGAAAGAUUUUGCAGAUCAACAAUUGUUAAUCCAAGAAGAAGAAAUUAAACGUCUCGAGGAGACAAAUGUCAACAUACAAAGACAAAUGGCCCAGCUCCAGGAAGAACUGGAGAGACAGAAAAGACACAUGGAAGAAUUCAAAGAUAAAGAGGUGCUAAAGCAGGAUCACGCGAGUGACUUACUGCUACCCCCUGUACCACAGUGUAGGGCGGACGAAGCUGGGUUUCCUGUGCCUUCUCAGGACAGCCCUCCUAGGGGUCAUGAAACCCAGCCAGAGGUAACUGAGACAGCACUCCUGCAGCAUGAGAGUGAGGUUGUACCCAGUAGAAACUCUGAGAUUGAGGAGCUGAAAGCCAUCAUCGAAAAUCUGCGGGAAGACCAAGCACAAUUACAGAAGAAUAAAGCAGAAGAAAUUGAGCAGCUCCAUGAAGUCAUCGAGAAGCUGCAGAGUGAGCUGACCCUUAUGGGGCCCAAGGUGCAUGAACUCAGUGAUCACCAGGCUAACAGUCUCCACGACGAGCUGUCCUGCCUCCACGCAGAAGACCAGCGUGAAAAGGACCUACGGAAUGAGCUGGAAGCUGCACAGGCAGCCAAGGAGGUCUUUGGCCAGCUUCUGGCAGACCAGGCACAUGGACACAGCCAAGUCCUGGAAGCGCUGCAGCAGCGUCUACAAGAUGCAGAGGAGGUUGCUGCAAGACGCUUUGCUGACCUAGAACAUUGUGUGGCCCUCAAAGAGGCUGAGGUUGAAGGCAUGGCCUCCCGGAUCCAAGAAUUUGAAACUAUCCUGAAGGCAAAGGAAGCAGUCAUUGUGCAGAGAGAUUUAGAAAUUGACACCAUCAAGAAGUGGAAAGUAACUCAUUCCCUUGAGCUGGAGACCAUCCUCUUGGCUUUGACACACUUCUGUCAUGCUCUGGAACAGCAGACCUUGGCCACCCCAGAUGAGCCUCCUGAGCUCCAGCAGCUGCGAAUGCAGUGUGCUCGCCUCAGCCACCAGCUGCAAGUGCUGCACCGGCGCUUCCUGAGCUGCCAGGUGGAGCUGGACCGGCAGCAGGCUCAUGUAGCAUCUGUUGGCUGCUCAUCCCCUGGUGCGGAUGCACAGGCGAAGCAUGAUGGUCAGUUGGAGCAGGACAGUGUCAGCACGGGGCUGGCCUUGGUGCCCCACAGCUCGUCUCCGCAGGAUAAUCUACCGCCUGCCAAAGUCCUUGUGACACUAAAGGAUGCCAGUCUCCACAAGGCAGAAAGUGUGAUGUCGGUGCUCGCAGUCUGCCAGAGGUGGUUGGAGGCAGAGAUGCUUUUAGUGAAGAAUGCAGUGCCUUUGAGCCUGGAGGAUGACAGCGAGGCCCUGGACAGGGGGAUGCAGGCUAAGGAAAAGCAGCCGGAAGUUUGUCAGCUGGGCAGUACGACUCUCGUAGCCCAGGUGAAACAACUUCAGGAGAAACUGAACCACCUGGUGCGUUCCAUGGCCUCUAGGGACACCAGCACAGAAAAUCCUGAAUUACCACAGCCAAACCUAUCAGAAAAUGGUUCCAGUAAUAAUUGUCAUAACGAUGAAGAAGGCAGUGUGUCCCCUCCUGUUGAUGGAUUUAAUAUUGCUAAAACCACAUGGAAUGUCAUGGAUGUCAUUCAAAGUCAGGAUUUGUUGGCCCAAAGUGAAAUGCCAAGUUCUCCCCCUCAAGAAACAUUAGCACUGCAAGGCGGACCUCUUUCCUCUCAAAUCAGCAUGCACACUGACUCCCUCCACACUGAGGAGGCUGAGCCCCACAAGGACCCAGUAAGGGCCCUGGACCUGUCUUCCUGGAGCUCCCCCGAGGUCCUCCGGAAGGACUCAAGCCUCGAGCCCCAGCACAGCCUGUCCCUGACACCCCACACAGGUACAGUGAGCCUGCACAGUGCCGACACCUCCUCCCAAGGCUGGACAGACUCGCUGCUGCUGGCCGAUGCGUCAGGGCUGCUUUGUUACCCGGGCAGGUCAGCAGCAGGACAGGCCCCACUGUGGGUGGUGGCUCCUUCGGCUGAGAACCGCCAUGUGGAGAGGCCAGCUGCGGAGAAGGAUGUCGAAGACUUUAUUGUAACAUCUUUUGAUUCUCAAGAAUUAUUAACAUCCCUUCAUGAAUUAGCAAGAAGAAGUGAUGGGAGUGGGAAAAGCAAUGUCCCGAGCAGUGCUCUCAUGCUGACUUUGGGCUCAGGAGGAUCUGAGACUCCCACCACCAGUCUUGCAAAUGCUGAUGCCCUUCCUCUCUCUGGAAGAUUUGUCCACUCCCCAGGAGCAAUGAAGGAGAAGGAAAUCCACGCAAAGCACAUGAAGGCUUUGCUGCAGAUGGUAUUUGAUGAGAGCCACCAGAUACUGGCCUUAUCGGAGAACCAAGACCUCCCCAAUUCGCUGAGCAAGGGUGAACCGCUGGAUGGCCUUCCAAGGGACAGGCAGGCCCUUUUGGAGGUGACAGCUGACAGAAGAGAGAAGGAAUCUUUGGAAACACACCUUACAUGGAGUGAGGAGCUUCUGCGGGCCCUACAAGAAAUGUUUGCCAGGGAGCAGGAGAAUGCCGAGCUGCAGUCUAGACCUUACGGCUUAGACCUAGGAGAUUAUAACGCCCUGUUCAAGAGGCUGGAGAAGGUUAUUCAAGAGCGGGGAGACCUGCAGAAGGUCCAGGAACACCUGUGUCUGCCAGACAGGCGCAGCCUGCUCUCUGAGGUUCAGGCUCUGCGUGCUCAACUCCGCAUGACACACCUCCAGAACCAAGAGAAACUACAGCAAUUGUGUGCAGCCCUGACGAGCACAGAGGCCCGUGGGAGCCAGCGGGAGCACCAGCUGCGGAGACAAGUUGAACUAUUAGCAUACAAAGUUGAACAGGAAAAGUGCAUAGCAAACGACUUACAGAAAACCUUGAGCAAAGAGCAGGAGAAGGCGAGCGAUGUCCGGAAACUCCUGAUGGUGGAACAGAGUGCAGUACAGGAUCUGAAGUCGGAGCUGCAUGCAUGUAAGCAGGAGAACACACGGCUGUUGGAGUCCCUGGACAAGGUGCAGCAGGAAGUCCUGCGGCUCAGAGCCAUGCUCGACGGGAAGGAGAAUGAACUGAAGGUUGUCCUUGAGGAGCUGGAGUGUGAGCGUGGAAAGGAGCGAGCCCUUCAGGCCCAGCAGGAGGAGCAACAGCUGCGGCACCUGCAGAGGGAGGGCCAGAGCUCAAGGGCCCUGGAGGAGUUAAAAAUGUCUUUGGAGAAGCAGCGUGCUCAAAAUAACCAACUAUGCGUUGCUUUAAAACACGAACGUGCAGCCAAGGACAACCUGCAGAAGGAGCUUCAGAUUGAGUCCUCCCGCUGUGAAGCCUUGCUGGCGCAGGAGAAGGGCCAGCUCUAUGAGCUACAGAAGAGCCUAGAAGCUGAGAGGAGCCGCUCGCUGGAACUUUCAGAGGCCUUACAGCACGAACGACUCUUGACAGAGCAGCUGAGCCGCAACGCGCAGGAGGCCUGUGCCCGCCAAGAGGCACAAGUGCAGCAUGCCUUAUUGCGGAAGCUGAAAGCAGAGAAGGCGCGUGCUUUGGAACUGGAAGGCAUGCUUGAAAAGGUGCAGAGACAGGCUGCACAAGCACAGAAGCAACUGGAAUCUCAGGCUCAGGAGCGCUGUCUAGAACUCAGGAAAGAGAAGGAGGUAAGUAGCCACCUGCGAUCAGCCGUGGAUGCCUUGCAGAGCCACAAACAGGAGCUGGGAUGCUGUCUGGAGAGAGAGAGGGAGAAAUCAGCUUGGUUACAGGCAGAAUUAGAACAGUUAUCCACAAGAGUGAAAGAGCAAGAAGGCCGCAAGGAUGCGAGGAGGAUGGAGAGGAGAUCAAGCCAAGCAGACGUGGAAACGAAGAUCUGGCAGACAGACAAGGAGAAGCUGCGAGAGUUAGAAUUACAGCGCCAGCGUGAUGAGCAUAAGAUCGAGCAGCUUCAGCGGCUGGUGAGAGAGCUGCGGUGGAAGGAGAAGGUGCCUGGCGGGGAUGGCCCUGGCUGGAGCGCCCCCAACUUGGGCUCUCUGGAGCCGAACCAUGUCCAGGAGCAGCAGCAGGAGCUGGAGAAGAUACGGCAGCAGCUCCUCUGUGCAGCUGGGCUCCUCACAAGCUUCACCAACCACACUGUGGACAGGACAAUUAAAGAUUGGACAUCAUCAAAUGAGAAGGCGGUGUCAUCUUUAAUGCACACUCUUGAGGAACUGAAGUCUGAACUGAGCAUGCCUACCUCCUCCAAGAAAAAGAUGGCUGCGGAACUCCAAGUCCAGCUCAUGAAUGAACUGCUGAGAGAGAACGACGCCCUUACAAAGGCUGUCAGUGUAGCAACCCGAGAGAAAGCAGAGCUGUGCAGGACUGUCUCCCGGCUUGAGAGGACCCUGAAGCACCACACGCAGAAGGGCUGCCUUCUCAAUAGGCAAAGCAAGUCUUCAUGGAAGCAAGACGGGACGGUUUUGCAGGGUUCUCCACGACAAUCAGAUCCAGAGUGGCACACACCCACUGCAAGUGUGGAAGCAAGUUCCUGCAAUACCAAGAUGGAAAAACUGUACCUGCACUAUCUAAGGGCAGAGAGCUUCAGAAAAGCUCUGAUUUAUCAAAAGAAAUACCUCCUGCUGCUGAUUGGUGGAUUCCAGGACUCGGAACAGGAAACGCUUUCCAUGAUCGCCCAUUUAGGGGUGUUUCCCUCCAAAGCAGAUAAGAAAAUGACGACAUCACGUCCUUUUACAAAGUUCCGCACUGCCGUGAGGGUUGUCAUCGCAGUAUUAAGGUUGCGAUUUUUGGUUAAGAAAUGGCAAGAAGUGGAUCGGAAAGGAGUGCUGAUCCAUUACAGAAGCCGCCAAGGACAUCGAAUGUCCCGGAGACAGCAUUCUCCAUCAGAAACAAGAACAUCCCUGCCAACCAGAGAAGUUUCCUCAGGCCAUAUCAAGGACUCUAGGCACAGCCCCCGAUCCUCGGCAGCAUUCUUGCUGGGCAAGGAGGAAAGAUCAACUUCCUCACCAAAUUCAAGGUUAGAAAGAUCCCUGGCUGCUUCUCAAGAUCCAGAACAUUCCUUGACAGAAUAUAUUCAUCAUUUAGAAAUGAUCCAGCAAAGACUUGGGGGGUUACCACCAGAUUCUUCUCAGAAAUCCUGCCACCAGAAGAUUAAACAAUGAAUAAAGUCUUGUGGCUCUUAACCUGUGAUAGUUGUGUCUGAGGAGAGAUGGUUUUCCCAAGGAAAGCUCAUGGUAUGGUCUGGGACACUGCAGGAGUCAUGAUACCAGCCCGUAGCAACCGCCGAGUGUUUCCAACUCAGCACACUGCUAAACGGAGCACUUUUGGCUCCUUCCCUCCUCCCAGUGAGCAAUGGCUGUGUUGUACUCUGUGCCUAUUGACAGAGCCAUCUGCCUCUUCCGUGUCAGAAGUGCAGAGUGGUUCCAGUUGUUUAUUUUCUUAACGUAUGAGGAUGGAAAGUUCAUUUGAAAAUGAGCACAUAGGAAGGGAAGAAUAAAGUUUAAGUAUUGUUCUCUUA